CAAGGUUCCGAGCUACAAAAGUUCCGGCAGUAGAAGAGGGUAAGAGGAGGAGCGGACGGCACCGGAGUCAGUACUUGAAUCUCAGGCGUGUUCUACAGCAUGGACCCUUCAGAAGAGGCUACAGACCAGAACUUGGUCAGCACCACAGAGAAUUAUUUUAUGACGUACACCUUCACAGAUCGCUCCCACAGCAGUCGCGUGGCUCAGAGCAUCAUGAAGCUUUGCAUGGAGGAGCAGCUGUUUGUGGACGUCACCGUCCUAGUGGAGGGUAAAGAGUUCCAGUUGCACCGAUUGGUCCUGUCUGCGCAGAGCUGCUUCUUCCGUUCCAUGUUUGCCUCCAAUCUGAAAGAGGGUCACAACCGCGUGAUCGAGCUGAAGGAUGUCAGCGCCAGCAUAUUCCAGUUACUGGUGGAUUACAUCUACCAUGGGACAGUGAAGCUGCGGCUGGAGCAGUUGCAGGAGACCUAUGAGGUGGCCGACAUGUACCAGCUGACCGCUUUGUUUGAAGAGUGCUCUCGCUUCCUGGUGAGGACGGUGCAGGUGAAAAACUGCCUGCAGAUUAUGUGGCUGGCGGAUCAGCACAGCGACACCUCGCUUUAUACUGCGGCAAAACACUGCGCCAAAACCCAACUGUCGCAACUGUGUGAUACAGAAGAGUUCCUGAACCUGCCCCUGAGGUUGCUCACAGAUAUUAUUACAGACGGCGUUCCCUGUUCACAGAAUCCGACCGUGGCGAUAAAGAACUGGAUCCAUUUCAAUAAGGAAGAACGGGAGGGAUUUACUGAAAAGCUGCUGUCUAGCCUGAAGGAAACCGGGGAAAAGGUGGACAUUUAUCUGAUCGGGAAGGAGGAAUCUCGCACGCACUCCAUCGCCGUCUCUCUGCAAUGCGCUCAGGAUGAUUCCAUUAGCGUAAGUGGGCAGAACAGUUUGUGCCACCAGAUCACUGCCUCGUGCAAGCAUGGCGCCGAUCUCUACGUGGUAGGAGGAUCCAUACCUCGUCGUAUGUGGAAAUGUAACAUGGAGACCAUGGACUGGGAGAGAUGUGCACCACUUCCUCGAGACCGUCUGCAGCAUACUCUGGUGUCUGUGUCCAGCAAGGAUGUCAUCUACUCCCUGGGCGGUAAGACUCUGCAAGACUCCCUCUCCAACGUGGUCAUUUACUAUCGAGUUCGGGACAAUGUCUGGACAGAAACUAGUCAGCUGGAGGUCUCCAUCUCGGGUGCGGCAGGAGUAAACCUCAAUGGGCUCAUCUACCUGAUGGGAGGAGUGGAGAACGACCUCGACUUCUUCACGAAACCCUCUCGUCUUAUCCAGUGUUUUGACACCAACACCGAGAAGUGCCACGUCAAACCCUACCUGCUGCCGUUCGCCGGUCACAUCCACGCAGCCGUUCACAAGGACCUGGUGUUCAUCAUAGCCCAGGGAGAUUCUCUGAUUUGUUAUAACCCACUUUUGGACAGCUUCACACGGCUGUACCUUCCUGAAAUCUGGAACUCGAGACCGUCUCUCUGGAAAAUCGCCAGCUGCAAUGGUUUCAUUUAUCUGUUCCGGGAUCAUUACAAGAAAGGGGACGCCAGUGCCUUCAAGCUAAACCCAGUCACCUCCGUGGUGACAGUAACUAGCGGCACUCGGUUUUUGCUUACCAAUCUGCAGUUUCUAUUGGCAUGAUGCCUCGUCAGGUGACUCUGGAUCAAUCAGAUAUGUAAUUUGUUGCUUUGGUACAUGGACUUAGGCUCUUAAGUUGCAAAAAUAUAUGAAGAUAUGGUCAUAAUAAGGUAAAAGUGAUGGGACUACCAAUGUGGUGGUAUUGGUGAAGCAUGUCAAAUCAGCCAAGUGUCCUCUACCGUGCUGUCACAUUUCCUUCUCUGAUAAAUCUAUGCUUUGCUCGCUGGUUGUGGUGGAGGUGAAAACCUCUGAAGGCAAACUUGGGCCUGGGAACAUGGAAUAAAUCUGUCCUGUCUU